AUGGAGGAAUAUGUGAAGGAGUUUAGGCAUGAAAAUCCCCCCCCAUGUAAGUCUUCUAGACCUUCUACUCCCCCUUGGAAACCGCCAAAACAGGGCUGGUAUAAAGCUAAUGUGGAUGGGGCUGUCUGUAAGGAGAGAGGCUGCUGUGGCAUAGGUGUAGUGAUCAGGAAUGCAGAAGGGCAGCUGAUGGGGGCAUUGAGUAAAAGGCUGGCCCUUCCUCUUAAGGCCUUGGAAACUGAAGCUAUGGCAAUGCAGGUGGGGAUUCAUUUUGCGUGGGAUCUGGGAUUGAAGGAUGUAGUGUUUAAAAGUGACUCGUUGACAGUAAUUUCAGCCCUCUCAAGCGGUACCCCUCCUCCUUGGUCGAUUCAAAAGGUGAUUGAAGGAAUCAAGCAAGACCUCAAGUGUUUCAACACUUGGUCUGCAGUCCAUGUUCGUCGUAGGGGGAAUAUGGCUGCCCAUCUCAUGGCAAAAAAUGCUAUUACAGUGUUAGAUAGUCUUGUAUGGGUUGAGGAUAUCCCACCCGUUAUAGCUAUGCAGGUCUCAAAAGAUGUAUCAAGCAUGAAUGCUGUUUCUUUUUAA